AUGUCCGGUGUUACUGUUAGAGACGUUCCUGCUCAGGAAUUCAUUGACGCCUACGCCCAGUUCUUGCAAAGACAGGGUAAGUUGGAGGUCCCAGCCUACGUUGAGUUGGUCAAAACCAGUGCCAGCAAUGAAAUGCCACCACAAGAUCAGGAAGGUUGGUUCUACAAGAGAGCUGCUUCUGUCGCCAGACAUGUCUACUUGAGAAAGCAGGUUGGUGUUGGUAAAUUGAACAAGCUUUAUGGAGGUGCCAAGAAUAGAGGUUUCAGACCAGCCAAGCACUUUGAUGCUUCUGGAUCUGUCAACAGAAGAGUUGUGCAGGCUUUGGAGAAGAUUGGUGUUCUAGAAGCUUCUUCAAAGGGAGGUAGAAAGAUUUCCGAAAAUGGUCAGAGAGAUUUGGACCGUAUCGCCGCUCAAACCAGUGAGGCUCUUGUUGAGGGCGACGACGAGGAAGACGAAGAGUAG